AUGUCUUUUAAUGCGUCACCAUCAAUGGGCUCGAAUUCAGCAUCCAGCGGAGUGCCAGUGCCGACCUCAGGAUGUCGUAGCAAUUAUAAAGAUAUUUAUGUUUUACUCGAACGUUUGUGUAAAAGUUUUACAGGCGCCAAAGGCAAUCACAGGGAUAUUUUACGCCAUGUAACCCAAUACAUAUCAAAUUGCCCCUCAGCGUUGGGCUCAACCAUGCCCUAUGAUGAAUCUUCCCUGCUAACGAAAAUAACACAACAUCUGAAUGCAGCUCAGGCAUCAGGUACUGCUUCCAUUUUAAAAGCAUCGAACAGUAGUGGUUCUUCAAAUAAUGCAGCCUUGUUCCUUAACCUAAAUGAACAAUUAAAAUCCAGUCAACUGGAAGCCCGCCAACGCAAUGCAUUGUUAACAUUUCUUUUAUUUAUGGCUGAUUCGAAGUACACAUCAGAAAAUGGUGGUGGUUCAAGUAAUUCCACAGCUGCACCGACACUAUCGCGCACACGUUAUAGCAAUCCAAAUGCUUCCUUGCCACCGAAUAAUACCAUACAAACAUUAAGAAGUCACACAUUGCAAAAGAACCAACAAUCAGCCACAAUGAUGGGCAUGGGAAAUGGAGGGGUAUCUGGCAUUUAUAAUUCUUCCGAUAUCAGUCACAAAAUAUCCGUUUUACGUCAAUCCAAUUAUCAAACUGGAAAUCAUAGUGGUUCGGAAAACGAUACAACUUCGAACAGUAUGAUACCCACAGCAGCAAGUACACAAUUCCCCCUAAGGGCAGGAAGUGUUGGUCCUGACACGAAUAAAAUGCUGGAAUCUCAAAGCAAUAUCAACGAUGAUAUUGUACAAAAUGUCAUAUAUGCUUUUACCGGAAUACCAGGAAAAUAUCUAAAGAAAGAUGUGGUUUCGGGCAAAUUUAAAUUAGAUGUUAAGGCAAAACAUUUGAAUGUUGUACAAGCUGGCAUGAUGUUACGCCUAGCUGAGCUAGGCUAUUAUCAUGAUUUGGUUAAAUCAUAUACAGAUACCAAGAGUGGUCUAUGUGCCUUGGGUUUAAUGGGCCAGGGAUUUAUAUCGGCUCUGAGAGCUGAACUAACAAAGUAUUAUGGUAUGGUUGCUCUGUUACAGGAACAGCUUAAUAAACAGAAACAGUGUGAAAAAAGUGGUACAUUACACAACAUAACAACAAAUCGUCAGGAACGUUUGACACUAAUGAAAAUUCUUGUAUGGUCGGUGGAUCCAUUGCAACGGUUACAGCUGCUUGCAGCAAUUGCGGAAGCAUGCCAAGAAAAGAAGGGCGGUGCUUUGGCCUCUACAGUACAUGGUUUCCUAAGCAGUGGCAAUCCGAUGAUUAAACAUGUGGCCAAAGAACUAUUAGUUGCCAUAUGUGGACCAUUGUAUCAAAUGUUGACCAAAUGGUUACUUGAAGGUGAAAUAUGUGAUCCACAUGGUGAAUUUUUUAUUGAAUGUCUGGUAGAAGUGGGUCCAGAUCGCCUCUGGCACGACAAGUAUCGGGUGCGUUCUUCUAUGUUGCCGAAUUUCGUGACCACCGAUAUGGCCAAUAAAAUUUUAGUUACCGGUAAAAGUAUAAAUUUCCUGUGUGAAAUAUGCGAGGACAAGCAGCCGGUAAAGGGUAGAGAUGAACUAAGGCAAUGCAUAGAAGAAAAUGGUAAACAUAGAUACAAACAUAUUUAUAUUCUGCAGACUUCAAUUUUAAAUAAAUAUUUUCUUUUAGCCGAGCAUAUAUUCUCCGCCGUGGCAGAUACUAAACUCCACUCCAUUAUUGAUUCAAUUUAUUUGAAUACAUCCAAACGGGUGUUGGACAUUGUUAUGGGCCCGCAUAAACUAUUGGAACAUCUACAGGCUAUGCGACGUUAUUUGCUGCUGGGUCAAGGCGAUUUUAUUGGCAUUUUAAUGGAGAACUUAAAAUCGGAAUUAGACAAGCCAGCCAAAGAAUUAUAUUCCUAUGAUUUGUCUUCCAUUAUGGAUGCUGCCAUCCGAUCAACAAAUGCCCAAUAUGAUGAUCCAGAAAUUCUCAAUCAUUUGGAUGUAAGAUUAAUGUCACCAUGUGAUGGUGAUAUUGGUUGGGAUAUUCUAUCGUUGCAGUAUACUGUAAGGGGUCCCCUUGCCACAAUGCUGGAGCCUUCAAUGCGCAUUUAUCAAGUUCUCUUUAAGCCCCUUUGGCGUAUGAAACAUAUGGAAUUUGUUUUGUCAUCAAAAAUAUGGAAGGAUCAAAAAUGCAAUUCAAAGCCGCUGCGACCAAUGGCCGCUGAAUUGGAUAAAGUCCUAUAUCGUCUGCACUUGUUCACCUCCGAAAUGAUACAUUUCAUACAUCAAAUGCAAUAUUAUAUACUCUUCGAAGUUAUCGAAUGUUCCUGGGCUGAGCUGCAAGAAAAAGUGCAAAAUGCCAAAGCUCUGGAUGACAUACUCAACGCUCACGAUGAAUUUCUAACCACCAUUAAAUGUGGAGCAUUUUUAGAUUCAACGUCUGGUGAUUUAUGUCACAAUAUGGAAACCGUUUACGAGGCUAUUGUACGCCUCGAAGUGUGGCAGGAUAAAUUCUAUGAGUUGUGCUUCCGUGAAUUGAAUGCACGCAAAGAAUUCGAUAAAGAUGUUUUGGAAUCGGAGAAACUGGGUAAAUUUGGCGUCACCGCUGAAAAGAAAUUGGAACGUGAUCAGGAACAUAAAAUAUUUGAACAAACGUUGAGCAGUUAUCACAAGUCGCUGGAAAAUAUUGGUGGUGACUAUGAAACGGCAGUGCGUUGCUUCCUACUGGCGCUCAAUUCAAAUAAUGAUCAUAAUUUGCAAUUAUUUGGCAUACGUUUGGAUUUCAAUGAAUACUACAAGAAGCGAGAUCAACGUUUGGGUGUCCCGCUGACAUUCGAGCAUAUGCGUAUGAGUAAUAUUUAUUUCAAUAACAGUAAAAGUCUAUUGGGCAGUCGUAUAAAUUGACGGCACAAUGAGUGGCAAU